AUGCAAGCUCCUUCACCAGGCAAGCUCUUGACUAGGCAAGCUCCUGGACCAGGCACGCUCGUAGACCAUGCACGCUCCUGGACUAGGCAAGCUCUUGGACCCGGCAGGCUCGUGGACCAGGCAAGCUCCUGGACCACGCAAGCCCCGGGACCAGGCAAGCUCCUGGACCAGGCUCGCUCGUGGACCAGGCACACUCCUGGCAAUCUCUCCCGCUUUCCAUCACCCUGCCCCAUUCUCCCGCUUUCCAUCACCCCGCCCCAUUCUCCCGCUUUCCAUCACCCCGCCAUAUUCUUCCUCUUUCCAUCACCCCGCCCCACUCUCCCGCUUUCCAUCACGCCGCCCCAUUCUCAUGCUUUCCAUCACCCCGCCCCAUUCUCCCGCUUUCCAUCACCCCGCCCCAUUCUCUCGCUUUCCAUCACCCCGCCCCAUUCUCCCGCUUUGCAUCACCCUGCCCCAUUCUCCCUCUUUCCAUCACCCUGCCCCAUUCUCCCUCUUUCCAUCACCCCACCCUAUUCUCCCUCUUUCCAUCACCCCGCCCCACUCUCCCGCUUUCCAUCACCCCACCCCUUUCUCCCGCGUUCCAUCACCUUGCCCCAUUCUCCCGCUUUCCAUCACCCCGCCCCAUUCUCCCGCUUUCCAUCACCCCGCCCUAUUCUCCCGCUUUCCACCACCCUGCCCCAUUCUCCCUCUUUUCAUCACCCGGCCCCAUUCUCCCUCUUUCCAUCACCCCGCCCCAUUCUCCCUCUUUCCAUCACCCCACCCUAUUCUCCCUAUUUCCAUCACCCCGCCCCAUUCUCCCGCUUUCCAUCACCCCGCCCCAUUCUCCCUCUUUCCAUCACCCCGCCCCAUUCUCUCUCUUUCCAUCACCCCGCCCCAUUCUCCCGCUUUCCAUCACCCCGCCCCAUUCUCCCGCUUUCCAUCACCCCGCCCCAUUCUCCCGCUUUCCAUCACCCCGCCCCAUUCUCCAGCUUUCCAUCACCCCGCCCCAUUCUCCCGCUUUCCAUCAACCCGCCCAAUUCUCCCGCUUUCCAUCACCCCGCCCCAUUCUCCCGCUUUCCAUCACCCCGCCCCAUUAUCCCGCUUUCCAUCACCCCGCCCCAUUCUCCCGCUUUCCAUCACCCCGCCCCAUUCUCCCGCUUUCCAUCACCCCGCCCCAUUCUUCCGCUUUCCAUCACCCCGCCCCAUUCACCCCGCCCCAUUCUCCCUCUUUCCAUCAACCCGCCCCAUUCUCCCGCUUUUCUUCACCCCGCCCCAUUCUCCCGCUUUCCAUCACCCCGCCCCAUUCUCCCGCUUUCCAUCACCCCGCCCCAUUCUCCCGCUUUCCAUCACCCCGUCCCAUUCUCCCGCUUUCCAUCACUCCUCCCCAUUCUCCCUCCUUCCAUCACCCCGCCCCGUUCUCCCGCUUUCCAUCACACCGCCCUAUUCUCACGCUUUCCAUCACCCCGCCCCAUUCACCUGCUUUCCAUCACCCCGCCCCAUUCUCCCUCCUUCCAUCACCCUGCCCCAUUCUCCCGCUUUCCAUCACCCCGCCAUAUUCUUCCUCUUUCCAUCACCCCGCCCCACUCUCCCGCUUUCCAUCACGCCGCCCCAUUCUCAUGCUUUCCAUCACCCCGCCCCAUUCUCCCGCUUUCCAUCACCCAGCCCCAUUCUCUCGCUUUCCAUCACCCCAUCCCAUUCUCCCGCUUUGCAUCACCCUGCCCCAUUCUCCCUCUUUCCAUCACCCUGCCCCAUUCUCCCUCUUUCCAUCACCCCACCCUAUUCUCCCUCUUUCCAUCACCCCGCCCCACUCUCCCGCUUUCCAUCACCCCACCCCUUUCUCCCGCGUUCCAUCACCUUGCCCCAUUCUCCCGCUUUCCAUCACCCCGCCCCAUUCUCCCGCUUUCCAUCACCCCGCCCUAUUCUCCCGCUUUCCACCACCCUGCCCCAUUCUCCCUCUUUUCAUCACCCCGCCCCAUUCUCCCUCUUUCCAUCACCCCGCCCCAUUCUCCCUCUUUCCAUCACCCCACCCUAUUCUCCCUAUUUCCAUCACCCCGCCCCAUUCUCCCGCUUUCCAUCACCCCGCCCCAUUCUCCCUCUUUCCAUCACCCCGCCCCAUUCUCUCUCUUUCCAUCACCCCGCCCCAUUCUCCCGCUUUCCAUCACCCCGCCCCAUUCUCCCGCUUUCCAUCACCCCGCCCCAUUCUCCCGCUUUCCAUCACCCCGCCCCAUUCUCCAGCUUUCCAUCACCCCGCCCCAUUCUCCCGCUUUCCAUCAACCCGCCCAAUUCUCCCGCUUUCCAUCACCCCGCCCCAUUCUCCCGCUUUCCAUCACCCCGCCCCAUUAUCCCGCUUUCCAUCACCCCGCCCCAUUCUCCCGCUUUCCAUCACCCCGCCCCAUUCUCCCGCUUUCCAUCACCCCGCCCCAUUCUUCCGCUUUCCAUCACCCCGCCCCAUUCACCCCGCCCCAUUCUCCCUCUUUCCAUCAACCCGCCCCAUUCUCCCGCUUUUCUUCACCCCGCCCCAUUCUCCCGCUUUCCAUCACCCCGCCCCAUUCUCCCGCUUUCCAUCACCCCGCCCAAAUCUCCCGCUUUCCAUCACCCCGUCCCAUUCUCCCGCUUUCCAUCACUCCUCCCCAUUCUCCCUCCUUCCAUCACCCCGCCCCGUUCUCCCGCUUUCCAUCACACCGCCCUAUUCUCACGCUUUCCAUCACCCCGCCCCAUUCACCUGCUUUCCAUCACCCCGCCCCAUUCUCCCUCCUUCCAUCACCCCGCCCCAUUCUCCCUCCUUCCAUAACCCCGCCCCAUUCUUCCGCUUUCCAUCACCCCGCCCCAUUCUCCCGCUUUCCAUCACCCCGCCCCAUUCUCCCGCUUUUCAUCACCCCGCCCCAUUCUCCCACCUUCCAUCACCCCGCCCCGUUCUCCCGCUUUCCAUCACCCCACCCCAUUCUCCCGCUUUCCAUCACCCCACCCCAUUCUCUCGAUUUGCAUCACCCCGCCCCAUUCUCCCGCCUUCCAUCACCCCGCCCCAUUCUCCCUCUUUCCAUCACCCCGCCCCAUUCUCCCGCUUUCCAUCACCCCGCCCCAUUCUCCCUCAUUCCAUCAACCCGCCCCAUUCUCCCGCUUUUCUUCACCCCGCCCCAUUCUCCCGCUUUCCAUCACCCCGCCCCAUUCUCCCGCUUUCCAUCACCCCGCCCCAUUCUCCCGCUUUCCAUCACCCCGUCCCAUUCUCCCGCUUUCCAUCACCCCUCCCCAUUCUCCCUCCUUCCAUCACCCCGCCCCGUUCUCCCGCUUUCCAUCACACCGCCCUAUUCUCACGCUUUCCAUCACCCCGCCCCAUUCACCUGCUUUCCAUCACCCCGCCCCAUUCUCCCUCCUUCCAUCACCCCGCCCCAUUCUCCCUCCUUCCAUAACCCCGCCCCAUUCUUCCGCUUUCCAUCACCCCGCCCCAUUCUCCCGCUUUCCAUCACCCCGCCCCAUUCUCCCGCUUUCCAUCACCCCGCCCCAUUCUCCCGCCUUCCAUCAACCCGCCCCAUUCUCCCGCUUUCCAUCACCCCGCCCCAUUCUCCCUCUUUCCAUCACCCCGCCCCAUUCUCCCUCUUUCCAUCACCCCGCCCCAUUCUCCCGCUUUCCAUCACUCCGCCCCAUUCUCCCGCUUUCCACCACCCCGCCCCAUUCUCCCGCUUUCCACCACCCCGCCCCAUUCUCCCGCUUUCCAUCACCCCGCCCCAUUCUCCCGCUUUCCAUCACUUCGCCCAAUUCUCUCGAUUUCCAUCACCCCGCCCCAUUCUCCCGCUUUCUAUCACCCGGCCCCAUUCUCCCGCUUUCCAUCACCCCGCCCCAUUCUCCCACUUUCCAUCACCCCGCCCCAUUCUCCCUCUUCCCAUUACCCGCCCCAUUCUCCCGCUUUCCAUCAUCCCGCCCCAUUCUCCCGAUUUCCAUCACCCCGCCCCUCUCCCGCUUUCCAUCACUCCGCCCCAUUCUCCCGAUUUCCAUCACCCCGCUCCAUUCUCCCGCUUUCCAUCAUCCCGCCCAAUUUUCCCUCUUUCCAUCACCCCGCCCCAUUCUCCCUCUUUCCAUCACCCCGCCCCAUUCUCCCGCUUUCCAUCACCCGCCCCAUUUUCCCGAUUUCCAUCACCCCGCCCCAUUCUCCCGCUUUCCAUCACCCCGCCCCAUUCUCCCGCUUUCCAUCACCCCGCCCAAUUCUCCCGCUUUCCAUCACCCCGCCCCAUUCUCCCGCCUUCCAUCACCCCGCCCCAUUCUCCCUCUUUCUAUCACCCCUCCCCAUUCUCACGCUUUCCAUCACCCCACCCCAUUCUCCCUCUUUCCAUCACCCCGCCCCAUUCUCCCGCUUUCCAUCACCCCGCCCCAUUCUCCCUCUAUCCAUCACCCCGCCCAAUUCUCCCACUUUCGCCCCGUUCUCCCGCUUUCCAUCACCCUGCCCAAUUUUCCCGCUUUCCAUCACCCCGCCCCAUUCUCCCGCUUUCCAUCUUCCUGCCCCAAUCUCCCGCUUUCCAUCACCCCACCCCAUUCUCCCUCUAUCCAUCACCCCGCCCCAUCCUCCCGCUUUCCAUCACCCCGCCCCAUUCUCCCGCUUUCCAUCACCCAGCCCCAUUCUCCCGCUUUCCAUCACCCCGCCCAAUUCUCCCGCUUUCCAUCACCCCGCCCCAUUCUCCCGCUUUCCAUCACCCCGCCCCAUUCUCCCUCCUUCCAUCACCCCGCCCCAUUCUCCCGCUUUCCAUCACCCCGCCCCAUUCUCCCUCCUUCCAUCACCCCGCCCCAUUCUCCCGCUUUCCAUCACCCCGCCCCAUUCUCCUGAUUUCCAUCACCCCACCCCAUUCUCCCGCUUUCCAUCACCCCGCCCCAUUCUCCCGCUUUCCAUCACCCCGCCACAUUCUCCCACUUUCCAUCACCCCGCCCCCUUCUCUCUCCUUCCAUCACCCCGCCCCAUUCUCCCUCCUUCCAUCACCCCGCCCCAUUCUCCCGCUUUCCAUCAGCCUGCCCCAUUCUCCCGCUUUCCAUCACCCCUCCCCUUUCUCCCGCUUUCCAUCUCCCCGCCCCAUUCUCCCGCUUCCCAUCACCCCGCCCCAUUCUCCCGCUUUCCAUCACCCCGCCCCAUUCUUCCGCUUCCCAUCAUCCCGCCCCAUUCCCCCGCUUUCCAUCACCCCUCCCCAUUCUCCCUCCUUCCAUCACCCCACCCCAUUCUCCCUCUUUCCAUCGCCCCGCCCCAUUCUUCCGCUUUUCAUCACCCCACCCCAUACUCCCUCUUUCCAUCACCCCGCCCCAUUCCCCCUCUUUCCAUCAGCCUGCCCCAUUCUCCCGUUCUCCAUCACCCCGCCCUAUUCUCCCAAUAUCUAUCACCCCGCCCCAUUCUCCCGCUUUCCAUCACCCCGCCCCAUUCUCCCGCUAUCCAUCACCCCGCCCCAUUCUCCCGCUUUCCAUCACCCCGCCCCAUUCCCGCUUUCCAUCACCCCGCCCCAUUCUCCCGCUUUCCAUCACCCCGCCCCAUUCUCCCGCUUUCCAUCACCCCGCCCCAUUCUCCCGCUUUCCAUCACCCCGCCCCAUUCUCCCGCUUUCCAUCACCCUGCCCCAUUCUCCCGCUUUCCAUCACCCCAAGCCAUUCUCCCUCUUUCCAUCACCCCGCCCCAUUCUCCCGCUUUCCAUCACCCUGCCCCAUUCUCCCGCUUUCCAUCACCUCGCCCCAUUGUCCUCUUUCCAUCACCCCGCCCCAUUCUCCCUCUUUCCAUCACCCUGCCCCAUUCUCCCUCUUUCCAUCACCCCACCCCAUUCUCCCGCUUUCAAUCACCCCGCCCCAUUCUCCCGCUUUCCAUCACCCCGCCCCAUUCUCGCGCUUUCCAUCACCCCGCCCCAUUCUCCCGCUUUCCAUCAACCCGCCCCAUUCUCCCUCUUUCCAUCACCCCGCCCUAA